GAAUCAUCAUCCGACCGCUCACGUGGCUGCCUAACCGGGACGGAGAAGCGCCAAGUCGAACUUAUUCUCCUCAUCUUCUCUCCCUCUUUCUCUGUUCAAUCUACACCCUUUAACCCCCCUCCACUCCACACCAGCAUCGUUCCAAAUCCAUAUCCUUUUAUCAUUAAGCUGAACCCGAAGAAGAACAGUCACCAUGUCCUACAACAAACCCACAAGUCCACCCCCAGCCUACCCCCAACCCGCCUACGACGCCGGCCCCUACCAAGGCACUCCCCCCCCUGGCCCUGGCGCCGCCAACGACUACUACAACCAAGGCGGCUACGGUCCACCCCCGCAACAAGGCUACGGACCUCCUCCGCCGCAGAAUUACUACGGGUCGCCGCCGCCCCAAGGGCCUCCCCAGGGCGGCAUGUACUAUCAGCAGCAACCGGGGUAUCCGCAGCAGCAGCAGCCGCAACCGGGGUACUACGCCGAUGAUCGGGGCCGCGACGGCGGGUCCGGGGGCGGGAUCUGCGCGGGUAUCAUGGCUGCGUUGGCUUGUUGUUGUUGUUUGGAUAUUCUGUUCUAGGGGGACUGUUGGUGGUUGGUUAUAUUAUAAAAUCCUUCUGUCUGUGUGUGUUUGGGGGGUUGUUUCUCGUCGUCUGUCUUGUAAGAUGGAGAUGGAUGGGGUAGAGAGAUGAGAUGGGUUGGGCGUUUUGCGUGGAGUAUGGGGUUAUUCCCUUCUUCUUUUUUUUUUUUUUUUCUU